UUCAAGGCUAUAUAAACUAUACUCUCCUACUCCCCAACGAUAGAGAAACUACCUUUUCCUUCUAGUCAUUUUUACAACUUCUACCCUUUUCUUUUUGUUCUACGGGGCUUUUUCUCUCUAUCGCUCAUUGGAUCCUCGUUUUUCCCUUUCUGGGUAUUCCCUUUUUUUGGGUUUUAAAUUAGUUAUAUUUGUUUAUUUAUCGGUGUUUUCGACGAUUUUGGAGCUACCCAUCAUCGCCUUUUAAAUACUUUCGUUGAAAUAACGGCUAGAAUUAGUGGGUCUUGGCUGGGAGGGAAGGGAGAGCGGAGAUCUACGUGUCCGGUGAAGGGUUUAAUUUACGAAUUUGACAUUCGUGCGGAGUUCGGAUUUGGGGUUCGGUGCUAUUUUUGGGGCUGAUCUGCUUGGUUUGCAUUGGAAAGUGUUAUUCUUUUUUGGGAAUUUGAAGGAGAGAAGAAUAAGAAUGUGGUGGAUGAUGACUGAGAACGGGGGACAUUACUGCUCUAAGAAGUCCGAUGAUAUAUGCGGCAAUAUUUGUGGCCAGGAAUCAAGCGGAGGUUUGAGCAUGUCUAGAAUCUGUUGCAUCCUUCGUGGUAUGGAUUUGAAGACCUAUCUGCUUCUAUUCGUUCUUGUCCCAACAUGCGUAUUUGGUAUUUAUUUACACGGGCAAAAGAUAUCAUACUUCCUGCGUCCACUAUGGGAAUCGCCGCCCAAGCCAUUCCAUGAUAUCCCACACUACUAUGAUGAGAAUGUGUCAAUGGAGAACCUCUGUAAACUCCAUGGUUGGGGGAUCCGUGAGUACCCAAGGCGUGUUUAUGAUGCAGUGUUGUUCAGUAACGAGUUGGACAUUCUUAAGUUAAGAUGGAAAGAACUCUAUCCAUAUAUAACCCAGUUUGUUCUUCUCGAAUCCAAUUCAACAUUUACCGGGUUGCCAAAGCCUCUUGUUUUUGCCGGCCACCGAGACGAGUUUAAAUUUGUUGAGCCUAGAUUGACUUACGGAACUGUUGGCGGGAGAUUUAAGAAAGGAGAAAACCCUUUUGUUGAGGAGGCAUACCAGCGAGUGGCACUGGACCAGCUUCUCAAAAUAGCAGGUAUUUCUGAUGAUGACUUGCUGAUAAUGUCUGACGUGGAUGAGAUACCAAGCAGACAUACUAUCAACCUUCUAAGAUGGUGUGACGACACACCACAGGUCCUUCAUCUUCGGUUGAAGAAUUAUCUCUAUUCUUUUGAGUUUCUUGUCGAUAACAAUAGCUGGAGAGCUUCGGUACACAGAUAUCAGCCUGGUAAAACUAGGUAUGCACAUUAUCGCCAGACAGAUGAUAUCUUGGCAGACGCAGGGUGGCACUGUAGUUUUUGCUUUCGGCGUAUCAGUGAAUUUAUCUUUAAGAUGAAGGCUUACAGCCAUUUUGAUAGGGUGAGGUUCUCUCGUUACCUGAACCCUACGAGAGUUCAAAGAAUAAUUUGCAAGGGGGCCGAUUUAUUUGACAUGCUUCCAGAGGAGUACACAUUUAAGGAAAUCAUCGGAAAGAUGGGACCAAUUCCUCAUUCAUUCUCGGCAGUUCACCUUCCAUCAUAUCUCUUGGAGGAUGCAGAAAAGCUUAAAUUUCUAUUGCCCGGAAACUGCAGAAGAGAAAGUGGGUGACUUCCUCAUUAUGCCUCUUCUGUAAAUUUCUGGUAAAGCUAGUUGAAGGUGAGCUUCUGUUUCUCCUUCUGAAGCAUUCAACUUAGCAAUUGCUGACUACGGUGUGCCAUUGAUGCUGCUCCUGGUGUCCAGCGUAAUGUAUAGAAUUCUUUGGAGAAUAUUUGCAGAGUUGGAGCAAUUCUUGGGUUUUGUGGGGUGAAUUUUGUGUAUAUAACGCUUCUUCUAAACUAGACAUUGAUCAAGAUGUAUCACAUCUGUUGAAUAGGCAGGGAACAUAGCAAAUUCUUUGCAUCUAUUGACUCGCUUAAGUUUUUUGGGAAUCAACACACAUUUUUUUAGUAUAUAUUUUCAAUUUUCAUUAAA